AUGUCUCUUACCACAACGAAAUGUAAACGUCGUCAUGGCUACAGUUCCUUGGCAAAGCAUGUUUGCCCUGGACUCCAGGCCUGGCCCACUCAGGAAAACUAUGAAGCUGUCCGCGAUGAGUGGGCAUCUAUCAACCAGAAGCGCCAUCGUGGCGUAACUGGCUCGCAACUCGACGGCGGGCUGGUCCACACAAACAGGACGUUUGGUAGAUUCUUGGAGGAUCCAGCUACAUGGGCUGAUCCAACGUCAUUCAGGGUUUUUGGUAAGACAUUGAAGCAGUCAUUGGGUCUCGUGACAGAGCCAAUGUCACGAACAUGUGGAGGUCAUCAAAGACUGGGCAUUUCAAUUCUCCAGGGAUUUGGCACGGCGACAUGCCUUGGGUCUCGAAGUGGCCGAACAUCCUCUAGCCAGGGAAUGGUGUUGACGUGGAUGGAAUUCCAGUCGAAGGGGCCAGAACUGCAAGGGCACUGA